UGUAUAGCCUAACUACAUGUAUCUAGCGUAACUGUCGAGAAUUCAACUAAUGAUGUGCUCCUUUGUAGUCCUUUCUGCCUUACUGGCACUUGUUGGCAUUGCCCAGGCCUGCAGCAUACCCGAAGGUUGGAAAUCCCAGUCGAUAGAGGAGCGAGCCAGCAAGCCACAGUGGGUAGUCUACGGCACGGUGGUCAGCGAUCACUACCCAGACCCGGACUCUGGUUUUGACAUCAGCCAAAGGUACUGGGUCGUUGUGGAACCCCUGUGCUGGCUGAAACGAGGGCCAGUGCCCUCCGAGCCCAGCGACCGUACAAGGAGGGAAACAGAAGGCGAGCAUAACACCAACGCCACCGACCAUUACGUCGAGUUUGAAAACAUCACUGUGGGAGAGGAAGCGCUGUGUACUUUCCAUGACCUCAUCCGGGGGAAGAAGUAUAUCAUCUUUCUCAAUCGUGAUGGCACUUUCAGCAAUUUCACAAUCUAUAAUGUGAACAUAGACUCUGGGGCCUUCCAGGAUCCGACAAAGGAAACCUUCGAGGCUGUCCACCGCGGCAUCGACGCGGGACUCAAGGAGGGGUACCCUGACGGGAAGUGUCUUGAAGGGGUCGAGAUACCUUGUUUUACUGGAGAAAGGGAUCCAAAAGUCUGUAACGGGGGCGUGACCGUGGGCGCGGCCCUGUGGUUCUUGAUCUCAGCAAUUGUAAUGGCUGUAUCUGUAUAUUGAUCUGAUCAUCACGGAAUACUUACCUCAAGAUAAAUUGUUUUUAAUUCAAUUCAAUUCAUUCAAUAUUACAUUUAUUUCCAUAUUGAACAAUAACAUAGUAGAAAGCAAAAUACAAUAUUGUGGAGGCACAAUCCUUAUAAGCCAAGGCUUGUAGCGGAGUGCCUUUAGAAAAGAGAACAUAGACAUGAAAUACUCAAAUAGUUAGUUAAUUAAGUUAAAGACAAAGAUAAGAGGACAAAGUAAUCUGACCAGAAAUAGAUUUUAAAAAAUGACUGGGGAUAAAAUGAAUUUGUAAAAUCUGAGGCCUCAACCUUAAGCUUUUUCGAUACUAAUACUAUCCCACUGGGCAAGUUAGGAAUUUGUACUAGCUCACUGGAUAUUUUAGACUAACUUAAAAUAAUUUACGCUCAAAUAAAUUUGGUACCAAUUGUAUUAUGAAAGGUCUCAAGUGAUCCAUUUAUUUCCAAAUAAGACACUGACCACAAAUUUCCAAGAUAUCUACAAAUUUAUUCCAAAGAGAAUUGCUAAACCACUGCCAGUUAGUGGUCUUGUUGCCAUUUUGAUUUUAAACCCCAACUAGAAAAAAAAAGUCCACUCAGACCAUUUUAAUAACUGAAUUUUACAUUAGGCUUUGUGUUCAAAUUUGUCCAUUGAAUUUGCUACAAGGCUACAAAAGUUUUGGCUUUCAAGUUAACUCUAAGAAGUUGUUUAUAUUGUCCUAGGAUACAGGAGUCAUUUUUUUUAAACAAUUUUUAUUCACUGUACAUAUUUGGUGUGAUUUUUAAUUUAAAUUUUAAAAUUGUAGUUUAGAGUUUUGAUGUGCCAGUAUCUAUUUAAAGAUAUCUUCACAGUAUAGUAGUGAGAACUAUUGAUAAUUACGUGAACGAUUAUUGACAAGUUUGUAUGUAAAAGUCUUGUAUAAGAACUGAAAUUUUUAAGUACUGAAAUUUGACAAAUUAUGUGAACUUUUAUAAAAAGAAACAGAUAACAAGGUUUUAAACAUUUAAGACGUGGAGAUAUGUAUUAAGAAAGGCAGAUAAACAUGGUUACUAGAUGUUUUUACUUAUAAUAUUUGACAAAUAUAAAUAUAUGUUUUGAAAUAAAUUCAUAAAAAAAGUUCUGUUGUGAUGAAUUUUAAAAUAUGUUGUGACAAAUAAUAUUGAUUAUCUGGGAUAAAAUUUUCAUGAGGGAGUAAAUUAUAUCAGAUGAAA